CUUUAGACCGCUCCCGACGCGGAGCUUUUUCAUUUAAAUUGGGGUGUUUUUUUUCUUCCAAGAGCUCCGUCUCGCGUGCCGUAGCGUUAUUAUGUAUCAAAACUCUCUGAGGUCUUUGUGUUCCGUCCUGUCUAACCUCUGCUGCACUCCUUCUUCUGCCUCUUCCUCGACGAUGCUGCUCCGCUCGCCGGCUCCAGGGAGGAGAGCCCUCUCGCCUUCUGCCCUCCUCGCCUCGUCCUCGGCUACCGCCGGAGUUCCGCGUUGCAAUUGCCCGGCCCCAGGCAGUUCGGCAGCUGCCAAUUCCCAGGCUGGGUAUUCCAUGGGCAACAGUACAAGUAGGCUGUAUAGUGCACUGGCUAAGACUGUGAGUAGCAGUGUCAUUACUAAGCACCAGGACUACUUGGAACAAACAGAUCCUGAAUUUCUGGAUCCUAUAGAUGCCAAAGAUCUACUUGAAGAAUGCCAGAUUGUUCUUCAGAACCGUCCAGCCCGGCUCCAAAGGGAUUUUGUGGAUUUGAGGACCAGCUUUAUCAGAAAUCAUCAGCCCAUUAGGGUUAUGCAAUGGAAUAUACUUGCACAAGCUCUUGGGGAAGGCAAGGACAACUUUAUCCAAUGCCCCAUGGAAGCCUUGAGAUGGGAAGAACGGAAGUGCCUCAUUCUAGAAGAGAUCCUUGCUUACCAGCCAGAUAUCCUCUGUCUACAAGAAGUGGAUCACUAUUUUGAUACUUUUCAGCCAUUACUCAGUCGGCUGGGCUACCAAUGUGCUUUUCUUCCUAAACCAUGUUCUCCAUGUUUAGAUGUGGAAUGUAACAAUGGCCCAGAUGGCUGUGCUUUGUUCUUCCUUAAGGGCAGGUUUACGCUAAUUAGUAGUACCAACAUCAGGUUGACAGCAAUGAAGUUCAAAACCAAUCAAGUUGCUAUAGUUCAGAUCCUGAAAUGUAAUGACACCGGGAAAUUGUUCUGUGUUGCUGUCACCCACUUGAAAGCUCGCAAUGGCUGGGAGACGUUCCGAUCUGCUCAAGGUGCCGAUCUUCUUGAAAAUCUAAAACAGAUCACCCAGGACACGGACAUCCCUCUUAUAGUCUGUGGUGAUUUCAAUGCUGAGCCUACAGAAGAAGUGUAUAAGCAAUUCUCUGAAUCUAGUCUGAACCUAAACAGUGCUUACAAACUGCUGAGUACAAAUGGGCUAACAGAGCCUCCAUACACCACAUGGAAGAUCCGUCCUUCUGGAGAAUGCAGGCAUACACUUGAUUACAUCUGGUAUUCACAACAGACCUUAAAAGUAGAUGCUGCCCUCAGCCUUUUAACUGAGGAGCAAAUUGGACCCAAUAGGCUGCCAUCUUUCAAUUACCCUUCAGACCAUCUAUCUUUAGUAUGUGAUUUCACCUUUAAUGAAAGUCCAGAGAAGUUUUUAAGAUUAAGUGAAAUAUAAAGAGGGGUGGAGAAUGUAUUAAUGUACUGUGUUUAUGCAGGCACAGAUUUUUAUCAUGGACUUCUGGGGGUGGGAUGAGAGAAGUAUUUAUGAAUGGAGAAUUAAUAAUCUACUCGUAUAGUCUUGACGUUUUUUUUCUUAUUAUCUCCAUGCUAUGACAAAAAAAUACAAAAAUACAGUAUGUCUGGCUAACUGCUUAUGCUUUUUCUUUUCUGAAGAAAAGUACUGUUAUUAUUCAGCUCUAAUUGUAACAAGGUGUUUUUUCCUCCCAUAUUUAAGAUCUUGCUUUGUAAAGUUGCACUGCAUGUAACAGCAUUGUCCUGUCUGUCAAGAGUCGGUCAGACCAAUGCCCAGGGUUCAUUCCUCCCAUAUUGGACCAUAUGACCAAAUUUUGUUCAGCAUAAAGAUUAAUAUAAGCCUCAGUUAAUUUUUUUCUGAGGUUUGUCUCGAAUUGUGCCUUCUACUUGAAUAAAUUUAGUGUUAAAUCUCGAACCUGCGUAUUGCUUUUGAACAUAUUUCAGUGUAUUAGAAUUUCUAGUCGUUCACCCACAUGGAAGGUAAUACACAUAGUCCUUGACUUAUGACUGCAAUUGAGCCCAUA